AUGAAGUGUCUGAGCUUCUUUUGGAAGAAAGCCGGGGCCAGAGAAGAUGCACAGAGAUCGUCUGCUUCCUCCAGUUGCCGUGGAAACUCCAUAUCCUGUGAGUCGAGCUCUGCCGAGGCCAGCAGCAAGCCUUCGAUUAGAACCAUCGCUGCCCUGUGCGAGGAGAAGAUAGGCAGCCUGAGGGCCUUCGACCUCUCAGAGCUCCACGUGGCCACCAGUGGCUUUAGCUGGAGGACGAAGAUCGGGGAAGGCGGCUUUGGGAGCGUCUACAGGGGCCUCCUCGAGCCAUCUGAUCCCCAACAGAGCGAGAUAAUGCAAGUUGCCAUUAAGAAGCUAAACCAGGGCAGCCUUCAGGUGACCGAGUCGUCGGCCCUCGCUUUCAAAACCCAGAACCCCAACAUUAUGCAAAAUGUUAUUCAUUUUUAGGGAGUUUUCUUCGAUGUUUUAUCAUAUAUGAUGUUAUUUUGAUCUGGGUUUUUACGAAAUGUUCAUGUUUGAAUCUUGUUUUCUACGUAAUUCUGAGACCCAGGCUGGUGACAACUUUUAAAAAGGAUUCAAAAUCUUCUCCAUUUUUAGAGAGUUUUCUUCGACGUUUUAUGAUAUAGGAAUUCUGUUUUCUACAUAAUUAUCAGAUUCAGGGUGUUGAGAAGUUUAAUAGAGUAUUAAAAAUCUUGCUUUUAUUCAAAAUCUUCUCCAUUUCUACAGAGUUUUCCGAUUUGAAGCAUAUAGGAUGAUGCUUUGAUCUGGGUCUUUACGAAAAUUUCAUGUUUCAAUUCUUUUUUCCCGCAAUUCUCAGACUCGGGUUGGUAACAAGUUUUAGACAUCUUCUUCAGUACUCAGAACACUGAACCCAGAACAUCUUCUUCAAUUUUUAAUGAUAUAAAAUCAUGUUUUGAUCUGGGUUUUUUUUGACGUAAGUUUCAGUAUCGAGAAAAAACCUUAUCGCUACCGUCUUCAGAACCCAAACCCUAAAAUAGUCCAAAAUAUUUUCCAUAUUUGGAGAAAAUUUUCGAAUUUUAUAAUAUAAGAUCAUGUUUAACCUGUGUUUUCUCAUAAUUUCCAUUCUCAGGGGAAGAUGAGUUUUUGCUGUCAUUUGCGAUACUCAUAAGCCUCAAAAUAAUGCAAAAAUCCUCUCAGUAUUCCAAAAGUUUUUCAGUGUUCAAUAAUAUAAGAUUAUGCUCUGAUUUGGGUUUUUAUUUAAUUUUCACUCGUAGGGGAAUAUAACAUUUUCAUGCCUCAUCCUAAUACCAAUAGGUAUUAUUCUAAUCAUGCAAAAUACUCUUCUAUUUUUCCAUUUUGUAUACGUUUUUUUGUGUCAUAUAGGUAUUAUGAUCUGUGUUCUUACUAAAAUAAAAUGUUGGCCAUCAUCUCCAGCACCCAAAACCCUUAAAUCAAGCAAACCCUUCUCUUUAUUAAUUUAUUUUGAAAUAUUCUCAAUUUUCUAUGAACUAAAACUCCUGUUAUGGCCUAGGUUUCUACUCAACUUCCUCAUGGGGGUGUCACAGAGACCGAGUCUCUCCAUGCCCGUAAACCCUAAUAUAAUGCAACACUUCUCUUCCCUUUGAUCCCUCAGAAGAUUACAGUGAUCGAAAAAUCUGCGAUAAUGAUAACCUGAUCUUAUACUUAAUCAUGGAUCUCAGGGGCAUAAAGAAUGGAUGGCGGAGAUUCAGUUUCUCAGUGUGGUGGACCACCCGAAUCUAGUGAAGCUAGUGGGGUAUUGUGGUGAGAACACUGACAGGGGGAUACAAAGACUGCUAGUCUACGAGUUCAUGCCCAACAAGACCUUGGAGGACCACCUCUUUACAAAGGUUCAACCCCCUCUCUCUUGGCGGACAAGAUUGAGGGUGGCCUUGGGCGUGGCAGAAGGGCUGAGAUAUCUCCACGAAGGGUUGGAAAUCCAGGUUCUCCGUAAGAACCCUUUGGUUCUUUGCUUUAUGUCGUGCAUUUUUUAUCAAUUUAAGACUGCUAGUUGCUAUGUGAACCUUUUGAUGAACUUAGACUUGACAUAAUCUUCACUAUUGACUUUAAUUCUAGGUGCUGUCGUUGUUCCUUGGUUUGUGUAACAUAUGGCAUGUUUUUUGGGUAUCAUUUUGUGCAUUUGAGCUGCUAGUUCUUUGUUAAGGAUACGGCACUUAAACACUAUAGGGUCAACAUAUUUGGUACAAUGUCAACAGGUAAUAUGUAAGUAAACCUAUAUGACAUUGGUUUUAUGUGAAAGAUAUAAUGUCAUAUACUUAAUUACAUGAUUUAACCAGUCUCUUUCGAUGUAGUACUUACUAAUGAAUAUGGUGGUCUAAGUUGAGACUAAUCGACAAUGAAUGGAGUGGCAGUCAUAUACUUUAUCUCAUCAAUGCAAGAUAAUUUUAUAAAGUUUAGAGCUCUCAUGCCAAGUCAAUGGACUGGGUUACCCACCUCAAGAUCAUCCAUGACCGAGCUUGUCCCUUUUUAAUAUGAGAUUAUCUAAAUAACAUUUCCACAAAUAGGUGGAUGGCUGUAUCGAUAUAUUACUUAGUUCUAACUUACGCGUUCAUCAUAUAAAAUCACCAAAUGAUGGUUAUAAAAGCUCAGAACAUCCAUAGAUAACAUCAUCAUUCUCACCGAAUAUUUCAUCCACAAAGACCAUGGAAAACCCAUAGAUUGUGAGUUCAAUGAGCGACUUGUAGUAAUCCUCAUAAAGCUAUAAUGUCCUCACGUUGCUUCUAGUGAUUGAAUGAGUGCUGCGUUGAAGAUGUGAAGAUCAUAUCUUACGGUUUCCUAAAGCAUGAUAAUAAAUCUAAUUUUUUAUUAAUAUUUGCUGAAUGAGGAGCCUGCGUUUUGAGUAGGUGAUAUAUCGAGACUUUAAAGCAUCAAAUGUGCUUCUGGACGAGGACUUCGAGCCCAAACUGUCGGACUUCGGCUUGGCCAGGGAGGGACCUUCAGAUGGGCGUACCCAUGUUUCAACUGCAGUACGUGUGCCUAACUUCUCUGCACAACCUCUAAUCUGUGGUCUCGUAUGAUUUUCCAUAACAAACAGAAAAUCCCUAGUAUGAUCUAGCAGCAUGACUUCAGUAAUCUAGUAGGACGAUGAUCUAUAGUAACAAGAAUCAGUGAUCUACAGUACAAUUCUCUGCGGUAACCAAUAACUAUGAUCUAGUAGCUUGAUUCUGUACGGUGACAAAAAAAAGAAGUUAAUCGUAUGAUUCUCUACAACAACCGAAGUCUAUGAUCUAGUAGCAUGAUUCUCUACAAAAACGGAAAACCCGUAAUCCAGUUGUACACAAUUCUGAAAUCUAGUAGCAUGGUUUCACACACCAAAAAUAAUCUAAUCUUGUUACUGUAGGAUGCGCUACAACAACAGAGAUCUAGGAUCUAUCCCUACAAUAGCAAAAAUCUGUCUUCUCUUAUGAUUUUCCUUAAUCCACCAGAAUCAAGUAAUUACUAUGAUUCUCCAUGAUUGGCAAAGUCUAUGAUCUGAUAUGGUUCUGUAUAUUGUGGCAUUCGUUUCAGGUUGUGGGCACCUAUGGCUAUGCCGCCCCAGAAUACAUCAAGACCGGCCACCUCACAACCAAGAGCGAUGUGUGGAGCUUUGGGAUAGUCCUGUUCGAGAUACUCACAGGGAGACGCUGCUUAGACCUGGGUCGCCCAAGAUCCGAGCGUAAGCUUCUUGAUUGGGUAAAGGAGUUUCCGGUAGAGAGCGGGAGAUUUACCAUGAUCAUCGAUCCCAGGCUGCAGAAUCGAUACUCCAUCUCUGCCUCACGGUAUACUGCCAACCUUGCAAAUAGCUGCCUCUCUACAAAUCCAAAAGCCCGCCCCACCAUGAGCCAGGUGGUUGAGAGUCUGAGGCAUAUAAUCGGGUGA